AUGGAUUUCGCUUCGCGUUACGAGAUCAGCACGACAGCCGAGUUCGUCCGCAGCCGGGGCUACAAGCGCGUCGCCUUGCAGGUCCGCCGUAGGACCCUUCCUUACGAAGCUGAGCUUUCUUAUGCGACCCGAGUUUCGAACCUGCGUUUGUGAUGUGUAACAAAUCGAGAAUGGUUGUUUCUGUAGUUCCCCGACGAGCUCCUGGACGAUGCAACGAGGGUGGCGAAGGCACUCCGGGCGGAGCUUGGGAAGGGCGUGGCUCUCUACGUGAUGGCCGACACGGCCUACGGGAGCUGCUGUGUCGACGAGGUGGCGGCCUCCCACGUAGAUGCAGAUUGCGUCGUGCAUUAUGGUCACGCCUGCUGUAGCCCGUGAGCUCCUCUACCUAUCUGAAAUUCGCCUCUUUCAAGAACUUGGGUUAGAGGCAGGAAUAUUGGACGUCGGUUUCAGAAGAUAGAGGGAGGGCCUAGAUGGGUUGGUUGUACACGUCUUCCUGCCCUUGGGUUGCGCGUCCCCUGUGGAGGUUCCCGUGGCGUAUUGUUUCGUGUUGUGUCAUUCGUGGAGUUGCAGGGCUUAGGGUUUUACACCUUUUCCGGGCCUUUUUUAAUUAUUCGUGGCGUCGAAUGGACUAAUAACGGAGAGUUUCAAAUGUCAACGGUGUCCGGUCGACUGAGGCCACGGGCCAAAUGUCGAGUCUGGUUUUCAAGUUUUGGAGGCUUAAUGUUGCUUGGAGUUCGGUUUCCUAGUUUUGAGUCAAGGUUACUAUGGUAGUUGUGAUGUACAGGGAGAAAGUUGUGCUACGACACAGCAGUGGCUUUCGUUUUGGAGGAUCAGGGUUCUGAGUUUUGGGGGAUUGUUCUUCAAUAUCUCUAAUCUGUUGCGUUGUAGGAAUGUUGAUUUUUUAUUCACCAUCCGUAGUUAGCAAAUCCACCAUUAUUUGAUGUUUAAAUUAUUUCUUAUCCAUUUUUUGCAUUUUUGAGUAUUGACGAGUCCUUAAUGUUUUCCUUUACACAGCUUUGGCUAAUCUUCUCAGGUCUUUUUCGUUAUAAUUCAUUUAGUGAAAUUUCUUUUACGCUGCAGGACGUCAACUUUGCCAGCUUUAUUUGUUUUCGGAAAAAUGCCCAUCAAUGUAAAUAUCUGUGCUGAGUCCCUAUACAAUUGCUUAUCCACCAGUGAGAAGCCUGUUCUGGUAUGAAGAGAACAUCUCUCUCUCUCUCUCUCUCUCUCUCUCUCUCUCUCCCCACCCCCGUCCCCAGCCAGCUUUAUAAUUUUGAACGCACAUUUCGCAUUCAUUUUGUCCGGAUAAUUUUUAUUACUGAACAUUGUCAGUCCACUUGUUGAUGUAAUCAGGGCUGUGCGGGUUUCCUCAUGAAUAUGUUACAUCUAUUACUGCUGUCGGUUAUAUCUCAAUUUCGAGUAGGAUUUACUUUAUACAACUGAUUUUAGAUUUAAGAUUCCGAUUUUUUUAUUGUUAUGUGCACUUGAGAUAGAUCUCUAAGUUCCUGGUCUGAUCGUAUUCUCUGCUAUGAGUAGGAUUUUUCAGCCUCUUUUAAGUUGACUCAGUUAAGCUUUUGAGUAAUAUCUUUUGGUAGUAUCAACCUUUGAUAUAAGCCGAGGAAGAAAUAGAUUUAGGUUGCCUUUUCUUCUGGGCUACCGUUGCAUUAGAUUAUGAAACUAGGGCAAUUAGCAGGUCUAUAUAUUUCAGUAAUUAUCUGUCAAUCUAGUUCUGAAUCGGUGCAACCUUUCUGAUUUUGGCUUUUUCUCAACUUUGUAAAAUGCAGGUCCUCUUUGGUCUCGAAUUCGCACAUGUUUUAGACUCUAUUAAAAGAGAAAUAGCGAAUAAAUUAUCAGAGUCUGGUGUUACUCUUCCAGAACCCAUUUUUGCAGAUGUGUCAUGUUUCAGCAUAGAUCCUACUAAGAUGUAUAUAACCGAAGAGAGAGACACGAACGCUGAAUCCGAUGAUCGGAAUAAAUCUAAUGCCAGUAGCUCCUACACCCUUGGAGGACUGACAUGGGGUAUACCAGCAGACCAUAGAAUAGAGCAAUAUUUGCUCUUCUGGAUUGGUUCUGACAAUCCAGCAUUUACAAACGUCAUGCUUAUGUUCAACAGCUGCGAAACAGGUGGGGUGAUUUUCAUCAUCUUCUUGUUCUUUAAGUAUUUUGUGCAUAUUCAUUUGUGAUAGAGGCAGCUGUCCUCAUUGUUAGUUGAAAUCUGGUAUCAUCAUUUGCACGUGGUUUUUUUGGAUGUAUACGUUCUGUAGUCGUUUAUCUCGUCUUGUGCACGUGGUUUAAGCAGCUAAUUCCAGCUGGAACAGAAAUAGAUAUUGCUACUCUCUUUUCAUCUCCUGAAAUUUUGUUGUACAUACAAUUGGUUCUUUGACUUUGGCAAAUUAUUUCUCUCAAUAUUGCUACUAUCUGUUCAUCUCCUGCAAUUAUCUCGUCUGCUGUCAACAUUGACCUCUCUCUAGGACCUUGGUCUUUAAUCGUCUGUCUUAAGCAAGCCAUGAUUUAGAAAUUGAUUACCUUCAUGGAUUUCAAGUCAGGACCCUUCAGACCAAUCCGAGAUCAAACCAGCUGAGCUGAAUGUACACUGUCUGAGGCGAGACAAUAAGUUUUGGUGUAAGAUGAUGUUAGGUAGUUCUUAUAUGGCAGUGAUGUUCCCUUUAAAUCUUGUAUGCACUUCUUUAUCUAGGCUAUUCUGCCUCACACUCGUUUCAUUCGUUUUUAUCAACGACCACGAUUAUUGAUAGUGAUUUUUUGUUUUGGAUAUGAUUUGAAAACUUAUAGUGGCGCGUAUAGACGGACCUGGUCACAGCUCCUUUCUUUGUAUCUGCUAUCUCUUUGAAGGCCCUCAUUUAGUCAUUUUUAACUUUAAUAUUAAGAUUACGUGGCAAGUAUGAUGAAUUUGACAUAAAGGAAAGUUUCUCGGAAAGAAAAUGAGCACUCUUUAUGGUACGCACUUUACCUAGGUGGUAGAGGGAUUGGGGACCAAUAUGAGCAUUCUGACGGCUUUGAAUUCGAUCAGUUAUGAUAGUUGGCUUUUCUGAAAAGUUCAGACAAUUCGUCAGCUUAUUGUAGACUUAACACUAAAGUUUAUAAGCUUCUUACUUGUCUGCAUGUGUUAUGUAUGACAAGAUAACAAUCAUCAACUUGUAACAUGAUGUUCUCAUGCAAUGAUACCGUUUUAAUUUUUCAAAAUUUUAACGAGACGUCGUGUCUUUACACUAAAUUCUUUAAAGAGAAAAUACAUUUAUAAUGAAAAUGUUGCAAUGUUGAGCACCAUAUUACCUGAAAUACUUGGUGCUUUUAUUUUACGAAGCCGCGCUCCAUUUGGGAAGAUAAUUAAUUAUACUUUAUUUUCAUAGUUCAUUUGAUGUAUCUUGACCAUUAAUGAUAAGCUCACCAUCUCGUCAAUAGAAUACCUUUAAUUUUUUUUCCUGUUUUUGGUUUUUACUGUUGAGGUUUUCUUUCAGUCAGGUAUGAUGCCAAGGAAAAUUGCUUAGUGAAGGACAGAAAUCUUCAUAGAAAGAUUCUUAACCGUAGGUAUUAUAUUUUCUCUGCGUUUGUGUUUAAUCUAAUAGGAACGUUAUAAUAAACUCUCAAAUGGUUCAUCUUGUCUUUGUAGAUACUAUCUUGUGGAGAAAGCAAAGGAUGCUAAUAUUGUUGGCAUUUUGGUGGGUACCUUGGGUAUAGGUAUGCUCCGCGUAAAUUAUAGUCAUUUUUUUGUUAAAUCUAGAAGUUAGUGUCCUCAGUCAUACGAGAAAAAGGUACACUAGUUCCAUGAGCGUAGAGGUUUUCUCUCUUUUAUUUAGCCUUUAUUAUAUGUUUAUUUUGGCUGGAGGAAAGUUUUAUGAUCCGAAAAACCGUUCAUUUUUUCUAUCUUAUGUUGCAUAAUGGCUGUUAUUUAUGUUAUUUAGCACCUUAGCCGCUAUUUGUUUCUGUUAUAUUUUUUUAUGGGCAUAUUGGAUCUCAUUGAUGGCGAGAAGAGACUAUCUUUAAAUUUACUCUGAUUCUACUCGUAUACACGGUUUUUCUUUGGAAAUGUCGUGAUUUCAUUUUGUUGUGUUCCCGAUUUAAAACGCGUAAAAUUUGUUCAUGACUUGGAAUUCAAACUUAAAUCCAUAGAUGCCAGUGGGAUAAUUCUAUCUGGCUCUUUAUCAUUUUUGGGCUGAUGCUACGAAAUGUUAUUUCUUUGUCACAGCUGGAUAUCUUAAUAUGGUUCAGCAAAUGAAAAAAUUGAUCGAGAAAGCUGGAAAAAAGUCCUACACUCUUGUAAUGGGCAGACCAAGCGCAGCUAAGCUUGCAAAUUUCCCUGAAGUAAUAUGUAACCUCAAUUUUUUGUUCUUCUUGGUUAUGGUACUAUAUUCCGCUGAUUAUUUCACUUUCCUCUUUGGAUAGUGUGAUGUCUUUGUUUAUGUCUCCUGUGCACAAACUGCCCUUCUGGAUAGCAAAGAAUUCCUGGCCCCAGUCAUUACCCCUUUUGAGGCUAUGCUGGCUUUCCAAAGGUAGCAGAACACUAUGGAAAUACUGUUUGUUACUUGAGUGUUGGUAUAAAUAUAUGCGUGUUUUGCUUCAUUGGACCAUUUUUCUGUUUGAACCUGGUUCUCAAUUUUUUGUACAAUAUGCGGUUAUCAUUUUUCAUUAUUCAAGGAUAUGUUGAAGAGCCUAUUUUUUGCUCUCUCGUGCUUGAAUAGUCAUCUUUCUUUUUUAUUAGAUUUACGAUUAUCUUAUCGUGCAGCUGUAGACAAUGUCAUCUUGGCCAAUUUUUUCUCUUUCAUAGAAACAUAUCAAGAAACCAAUUAGGUCGAGUCUUCUUUGCUUUUUCAUCCCAAAGUAAAUGUCAGGGAAAAUACAGAUGAGUUCUUUUAGUCUUAUUAGAAGGGAACAAACAACCUUUGUGAAUGGGCGGCAAAUGGCCGCCUUCUAUCCCUUUGACUUUUUUUUCUUGGUUCCUCUGCACAUGUUCUGUCGUUAGCUGUUAUCUGCAUUGCUUCUGUUUAUAGAACUUCUGGUUCAUAAUGACUCUCCAAAAUAAGCAUCGGUGUUCUUAUUAAACGAUUUUUUAGCAUUAGGAUUGUGCGUUAGAAAAAUUCAUAAAUGUGUCUAUCUAUCUACAUAUGUGGCCCACGUUUAGUGGAAAAUAAAGAAAACAUGCCAAUUCAAAUUAGGUAAAGAAAUAGUUAAUGAACGUGGAUAAUGAACCAUAGCGCUAAGUCAUUAGAUCCAUAGCCUGGUUAUUCGCAAGUUUCUGUCAACAGUUGAAACCUCUGUUCUUAAUCAACUCUCACUAUUUUCAUAACUAUCUUCUUUGGCCUUUAUCUUCUUCACGUUCCAUCUGGAUGGGUGCAUGCUUCUCUACAGAAUGUUAAGAUCUUUUGUUUCUGCUUUAGAUGCCUAAACUGUCAAACCUCGAUUUCUUGUUUUUGCUUUGGUCAUCACCGUGAAAGUAGUUUUUGAUAUCUCCAUUUCUUAACCGUCCGUCAUUCAAUUUCGUCUUGCUUAUUUAUACUUCCACGAAUACAUAUAUGGUAUUCAUAUUUCUCAGUAGAACACAAAUGCCAAGAGCUUGCAGCAUUACUGAUCUCAUGUCCGUCGACAGUGAACUUUGCCAUUGAUUGUACUGCAUCACUCAAACUUACAACUAAUGAUUUCACUGUUUCUCUUCAUACGGAAAUAUUCUUGCAUUUUCAGAAAUCAUUUAAAAAAACCACUUAAUGGGCGAUUAUUCCACGAUUCCAUUGAUCAAGAGGAAACUCUUGUGUAAAAGAGUAGCCCUUCGCAUUAAAGAGUUACAUUAAGGAGUUCCUCAGUGUCAGAAGAGUCAUAUAGCGAUGCUUUUUUGCUUUUUUUUCCUUCAAUCUUGACUCCUUUCCGGUACAGUUUUUCUCCAUUGCUGCAAUUUAUUUUGUCUUGGAGAGACUCUGUUGUUUAUAAUGUCACAACGUGCAAAUGUCACUGGACUGAAACAAAAAUAUAUAGACUCUGUUUUCCGAAGUUAGCUAUUUAAUUUUCUUCCCAGGGGAAGUCAGUGGACUGGGGAAUACGUGAUUGAGUUCCGAAAUUUGAUGCAAAUCUCUGAACGUGAGGUUCGUGAAGGCAAAGAAGAAGAAGAAGAAGAAGAAGCUCGGUUUUCUUUCCUUCAGGGUGGCUAUGUGGAAGAUGUCAGGCAUGAAGGUAAUCUUUCCUUGAAAGUCUAUUGCUUCGAUGGUAUUUUUUGUGUUUAAAAUCAUUGAAUUUUAGAGGCGGUGAUUUUAUCUAUCAAAAUCGUAUAUAUAUAUAUAUAUAUAUACACACACACAUACACGCAUAUGUAUUUUAGCGCUUUCAUGAGUCAAGAGUCCAUAAUAUCAGGUGUUCUGUUUGAACGAAAGAAAACCUGGAGUUUUACACCCUCAUGGUCAAAGGGAAUAAGUCAAAUACACAUGGUUACGCGAGGUGAAUGAAGAGCACUAGGUGCAUGGUUGGGUACUGGGAUAUUAUAUUUCAUUGGUGGAUGGUUGCAGAUGAUCUCUCGGAAUUUAUUUUUUUCUUUUGCUUGGCUAUUUGUUCAUUUAAUAUUUUAUUUUAUUUUUGCUUCGAGCGACUCAAUCUUACAUCGACUUGAGUCAUCAAAACAUUGCUGAUGAUAGUCAUUUAAUUUAUUUAAUCGUUUGAUCAGCAUAUUUCAACUUGGUGGGUGCAGUGGACGGAGAUGAACACGAGGAAAGAUCCGUGGUCUUGGCAGAGUUAACACAGAAGGCUUUGAGUCUGAAGAAGGAACAGGCAGAUUCAAUACUGUUCAAGGGGACAGCCAAGUCGGGGGCGGAGUUCUUGGCUGCUCGGUCAUACACCGGGCUAAACAUGCAGCACGACGACUCGCUGCCCCAAGCUUUCGUCAUCGGCAGAACAGGAAGGGCCGCCGGAUACAACGACGAGAAGUAG